UUACAUGGUUGUAUUUGCUAAUUAUCUAUCCUGCCUUCUAUAUUCGCCUGCAAAAACAAAUGCAAAGCAACAACACUAGCAGAAUUGCGAUAUUCAGCAACCGGCCAAACAUUAAAAAUGCAUAAAAAGCGUAAAACUAAAUCAACUUAAUGGCAUACAAUGCAAAGUGCGCUUAAUUGUUAAUGCAGCGGACAGAGAAAGCACAAAUCUCUUAGUCCCAAGUUGCUCGUGUGUGUAUGCGCUUGUGUGUGUGUAUGUGUCUAUUAAUCAAACUUAGUUUCUACGUUUUUAUUUGGCACAUUUACUAGGAAAUUUUAUUUACAUUUACAUUUUUAUAUAAAUCGGACCUAUUAAAUUUAUACAGUGGAUAUCGGACAAGCAAAACAACUUCUUAAAUUGCUGACCGCACAACCAGCCCUCGCCCACCUGCGAUAAAAACAUUCGGGCAAUGCAUGCGUCUGCUACGUUGUUGUUUCAUUGCGCCGCAAUUGUUUAAUUUUAAGCUUCUUUGUUUGCGUUAAUAGAAAUUUAAGAUCGAAAGUGACGCAAAAUCUAAACGUCAAGUGCAAGUGAAGGCUUUCGCCUCGCGCUUAUAACACCAACGACAUCGAGAAUAAUCGCUGCAACAACAACGAAUCAGCUGUCAAACAGCUUCAAGAUGGCCAUACCCCCACCACCAGGACCACCGCCACCGCCGGGUCCGCCGCCGCCACCGGCUAUGGGCGGCCUAAAGCUGGGCGGCGGCGGCGGGGCAGGCGGUGCUGAUCCGCGCUCCGCGCUACUUAGCUCCAUUCAGAAGGGCACCAAGCUACGCAAAACGGCCACCGUUGACAAGAGCGGUCCGGCGUUGUCCGGACGUGUUUGUGAUGGCGGCGACGGCGGCGCCGGCAGCUCUGGAGCGGCAGCCGCGUCGAAGCGCACGCUCAACAACAACAACAACACCAGCAGCAGCAACAACAACAACAUCAACAUCAACAGCAACAGCAACAGCAAUGGGACGCCCAAAUUGGGUGGCCUUUUCGAAGGCCUGUCGCAGAUGCCAAAGCUGAAGCCAGUGAAUGGCGUUCGCGCAGCAGCACCGUCAGCGGCACCGUCAGCGGCAGCAGCGUCAACAGCGACGCGCAGCAACAGCCCCCCCAGCGCCGCAGCGAACAAUGGACCCAUGGACUUUAACGCGGAGCUCACCAAGCAUUUAACAUUGAAGCGUCAGAAGCAACAGCAACAACAACCGCAACAGCAACAGCAACAACAACCGCUGGCAACAAGCAACAGCACACAUAUCAAUGCAACCGAAGCAAAUCUGAGAACAAAUCGCGGACCACCACCGCAGCCGCCAAAGAACUCCAGCGAUUCCAUAUUGGAGCGCAUGAACAUACCUCGUACGGCGCCGCCCACGUCCAGUGUGAAUGCCAAUGGACAUGGCCAUGGCAAUGCCAAGCCGAAAGCCUCAUCGCCCACGCUCUCGGAGAGCGGCAGCAGCGGGAGCGUGAAAAGCAAAGCGGCUAAUCUUAGUAUCUCGUUAGGCAAUAGUUUUGUAAAUAGUUCAAUUACAAAAACAACAACAACAAGCGCAACAACAGCAGCAGCGACUAACUCCAGUCGAACAGCAACAACGACAACAUCAACAUCAACGGGAACUCUGCGCAACUUGGCGCCCAAUAAAUCAACGCUGUUUGGCGGGCCUGGUGCUGGUCCUACUGCAGCAGCAUUUGGUGGUGGUAAUGUCUCACCCACGCCCGCAGCACAGCAACAGAAGCCGGCGAUUGGGUUUGGCAAGCCAAAUUUUGCGCCAAAACCGCCGGGCCUGCAGCAACUGGCGCUCGCCAACGGGCAUCAGCGGCCGGCGGUGGCGCGGCAUCACAGCAUGAAGUCACCCAGAUCUCCACCAGCUGCUGGCGGUGUCAACGGACCCGUUUUCGCCAACCAACAACAUUUUGGCACAAUGCGCGCUCCGCUCCAGCAACAGAUGCUACUGCAGUCCGGUGAGUGCAUCAGCGGCAGCACCAACAGCAUCUCGGGCAGCAUUCGAUGUGCACCCAAUCCGCCAAAGACACGCCCCUCGGUGAAGCCGCCGCCGCCGCCAACGCCAUCGCGCAGCAUCUCGAACAGCAAUUUGAGCAGCAUUGCGGCGCCCUUCAGUGCCGUUAACACGGUGCUGGUGCAGAGCGCGGCGAUCAGCACGUCAGCGCCAUCGCCGCCGCCGCCGCAGCCGCCUUCCAGCUCGAGCAGCAGCAGCAGCGUCGCCGCGCUGCGGGAUCAGUUUCGCGUCGGUGGCAGCGCGACGCCGCCGACACCGCCAAGCGGCAUUACCGCCAGCCCGAAGUCGGCGACAAUGCGCGAGAAGGUCAAUCCCAUCAUUCUGAACGGUGGGCCUAUUAAUCCGCCAGCGCUGCCGCCCCACCGCAGCUGCCCGCCGCCUCCGCCCCCGCAGCGACAGUCAAGCCACACUGGAUCCCAGCAGCAGCAACAGCAGCAGCAGGCUCCAGUGCCGCCUCAGCGACACUCCUCCAUUCGGGCUAAUGCCCCGCUGACGCCGCCCACGCACAUGGCCAAUGCGACGCACAAUUUUGGCAGCAGCGGCGGCCUGGCAACGGGAACGGGAGCUGGAGCGGGCAUGGGAACGGGCGCAUCGGUUGGUCGACUGGUCAUCGAUUUGGAGGCAAAGUUUGGCAAGAGAUUUCAUAAUGUCACCGAGUUUCCGAAGCCGCCUCCGUUUCUAAAUAUACAAAAAAUCUAUCCUAGUCGCACGCUUAAGGCAACUAAUGAAACUACUUUGAUGCCCAAUAACAACAACAACAACAACAACAGCGCAGCUGCAUGCAACAACAAUGCAAAGGCGCCAACGGUGCUGAAACCCGCCUAUGUGCCGCUUAAAAAACACCGCGCCCCCGCACCGCCCCCACAGGCAGGCGUGGCUGCCGCUACAGUGUCUGUGAUAAGGCAAUCCAGCUUUCUAUAUGGCGGCAGCAGCGCGGCAGGCGGCGGCGGCGGCGGCGCCGCAUCUGCUGCCAAUGUGCGUCCAAAAUCGCAGCCGGCGCCAAGUGUGCCACGCAAUUCGACGGUCUAUUAAUCUGGGAGCCUACUGUAACCAUAACUGUAAAUGAUAUCCAUGUUUAUGCUUUGUAUAUAUGUAUGCAUGUGUGCGUAUGGGUGUGUGUCUCAUUAUCGUUGUGUUGUGCCGAGUCCGAGCGUGCGUCUGUGUGUGUGUGUGUGUGUAUGGGUAAAUGCAAAAGUUGAAAUGUCUAUGUAAAGUGUAUGAAAUAUAAUCCGAAAAAAAAAUGACAAAACAGGUGCAGAGAAAAGAAUUGUAUUGGGUGCCAGAAGAACUGUGUAUUUAAAAUAAAUACAAGCAUAUGUACAUACACGUAGCAAAUGUGACGAAAUAAUUUGAAGGCAAAUUCUGCUGAAUUCUGAUUGUAAGGAAUUAUUUAACGGAUGCAAUAAAUUGGGUUAAAGCUGGUUGAGUUUAGGUGCAAAUUAAAUUUAGUUUAGUGUCUUCCCAGGCUAAUACAAUAAUACUUACACGUACAUAUAUGCGCAAUAUAUAUACAUACAUAUAUAAAUUCUGUACAUAAGAAUUAGUGGCAUCUGAAUCUAGACCAAAGUUAGUCAAAUUAUCCAAGAGGCAACACCAACACAGAAUACCCUUUUAUAUAUAUGUAAGUAUUCUGUCGCUGUCCUUAUUCUACUAGACUGAAACUGUUAAAUUCAAAUUCAAAUUUUAAGUACACCUACACAUAUAUAUACAUGUACAUAUAUAUUUUUAAAAGCUAUCAAACACACAAAUGUUAUUGCAAAAUAAAAAAAGAAAAGCACAUCCGAAGGUUUUCCAACAAAAUCGCACAUUUUCACCCAGAGUCAGAAAGAGUAAAUUUUGCAUCAAGACCACGAGGAGAUAUUUCUAUUUCUAUUCAAAUACUAUUUUGUAUUUUUUAUUUUUAUUUUUUUGUGAUACAUUUCGAACUACUUGUGUAUGCAUUCUUCAACCAUAUUAUAUAUUUGUUAAAACCAACCCAUAGGGCAAUAUAUUAUUCACUAACAUAAAUAAAUUACUUAUUAUUAAAUUCAUUGUUGUUGGAACUUUGCCGUCGCGUCGUUAGAAGUAAAUUACCAGCAUAUUACAAAUAAACAUUCUAUUCAAUAUCAUUGCAUUUAAAGUUCGCAUAUAAAUAAACUAAAAAACAUUGAAAAGUUA